AUUCACACACUUAGUUUUCUCUUGAUUCACACACUUAGUUUUUUCUUAAUUCACAAUCCCCAAAAAAAAGAAUCCCUAAAACCCACCAUUUCCCCGCCAUCCUCUUCAACAAUGGGCGCUUCCAGUAGCAAGAAAAGGCGGAAGCCUUGCCACGAUAGGAGGAGCGCGAGGAAUUUGACGGACAAGAUGAGGCUUCUCAACAUUGAGAGAGAAGCGGCGAUGGUGGUCGCGUGCAAAGAGGCUGAGUGGGUGAAGGAGAAGAGGAAGCUGAAGGAGGAAGUGAAGAUGUUGAGGAAGACGGUGGAGGAGAAAGAAGAGAAGAUUAAGGGAAUGGAGAGGUAUUCGAUGGUGGUUCGGAAGAGUGAUAAGGGGUGGCCAUUGUUGGGGACGAGUUUCUUGUUGGAGCAGAUGAAGGAGGAGAGGGCGAGGAGAGAUGAAGUUGUGGAGAAAUGGAAGCAACUCUAUCUUGCCAUUAAAACUGAGCUUGAUGAUCUCAUUCAAAGAACUCAUGGGGAUGCAAUCUAUUGGAAAGUAGAGGAAGAGGAGAUGAUAGAGGAGAUGAAGAAGGAACUGAAAAUGAAGGAAGAGACAAUAAAAGGCUUGAGAGGUCGAAUAGCUUCAAUGGAGAAGGAAGGGUUUGAGAGGAAACGAGAGAUGGAUAUUCUUAAGCAGAGCUUGAGGAUUUUGGACAGUAAGAUGAAUGCAGCUUAUACCACCAAUAAAUAAUAAGAUUUCCACUACUCUUGGUCAGUGUUUGUGAAAUUGGCCUUUCAAACUAUAUUUCAUAUAAUAUGUGUAUAAAUAAGUUGUUUUUUCUUUUUGUAAUUUAUGUUGGAUUUUGAUUUUAA